ACUCGCUGCUCGCUGCUGCCGUGCUCAUCGACAACGACAGAGCAACAGCCAUCACACCCCUCUAUCGGUCAGUCACCCGCGACCACAACACCCACAAGAACCACAGCCCACCAUGUCUCGCAGCGGCGCCCUCGACGACUCGGAGAUCCAGUCCGAGAUGAACAAGAUGGUCGCGUUCAUCUCGCAGGAGGCGCGUGAGAAGGCCCGCGAGAUCCAGGUCAAGGCCGACGAGGAGUUUGCGAUUGAGAAGGCCAAGAUUGUCCGUCAGGAGUCGCUCGCAAUAGAUGCGCUGUACGAGAAGAAGCGCAAGCAGGCCGAGGUCGGAUGGAAGAUCGCCCAGUCCACCGCCCUCAACCAGUCGCGCCUCGAGGUCCUCCGCAAGCGCGACGAGCACCUCCAGACGCUGUUCGAGAACGCUAGCGGCAAGGUCAAGGCGCUCGCCGACGGCAAGGACUACCCCGCGGCCGUUGAGGCGCUCAUCCUCGAGGUCCUGCUCCUCCUCCUCGGAACCGACGUUACCAUCGCCCACCGCCCCAAGGACAAGGCGCUCGUGCAGAAGGCGUCCAAGGGCGCGCUCAAGCAGUACAAGGAGAUUGCGGGCCUCGAGUCGACCGUCACGUUCGAGGACACCAUCUCGGACGACUCGGCCGGCGGCGUUAUCGGCUCGACGCUCCAGGGCAGGAUCAAGGUGGACAACACGCUGGCUGAGCGUCUGAAGAUUCUCGAGGAGAAGAUGCUGCCCGAGCUCCGUGAGGACCUCUUUGGCAAGAACCCCAACCGCAAGUUCUACACUUAAAUAAACCGUUGUUAGCCCGGUCUGUUAGAUGCACUGAAUAGCUUUGCAGGCUCAGAUGAAAGGAUAUAUUGAG